UAAAAACCAAUCCAAUGCCCUGCAAAAGCAGCAGGCCCAGCUAGCUAGCUUAGGUCUCCCCCCGCCAUUUGCGUAAAACCCACUUGUCCCCUAUAAUCCAUUCAUCACUUCCCUUCUUCUUCUUCUUCUUCUUCUUCUUCAUCUCCCUUCUCAUCUUUCUCUCUGCCCUAAUAAGCUUGAACUCUAAAGCUAGAGAGAGAGAGAGAAGGGGGAACAAAACCAAUAGAUCGAUGGGGCGGCACUCGUGUUGUCUGAAGCAGAGGCUGAGGAAAGGGCUGUGGUCCCCCGAGGAAGAUGAGAAGCUCUUUAACUACAUCACCCGUUAUGGCAUCGGCUGCUGGAGCUCUGUCCCCAAGCUGGCCGGGUUGCAGAGAUGCGGGAAGAGUUGCAGGCUGAGGUGGAUAAACUACUUGAGACCUGACCUUAAGAGAGGAAUGUUCUCUCAGCAAGAGGAAGAUCUCAUCCUCAGCCUUCACCAGCUUCUUGGCAAUCGAUGGGCCCAGAUUGCAGCGCAGUUACCGGGAAGGACGGACAACGAGAUUAAGAACUUCUGGAACUCGUACCUGAAGAAGAAGCUGAUGAAGCAAGGAAUUGACCCAGCAACCCACAAGCCAAUCACCAGGGAGGUGGAAGUGACAUGUGAGAACAUUAGCUCAACCGGGGCUGAGCAUUCUUCACUUCCACCACCUUUAGUUAUUAAUAGACCGAACGAGCCCGCAUUUCUUCUUACUCACCCGGCCAUCGACUUCUCCCUAAACGCCGGAAUAAUCAGCACAGACAAACAGACGUUCGACCCUUCGGCCACUCUAGACUUCCAUCAAGCAGCAGUUACUGAUCAUCCUGUCAGCUAUGGCACGGCCCUUGGCACAAGCAUGAGAUCGUCCAACUGCACUGGUCAUGGGAGCAUCAUCGGGGCAGAAUCAAUUUCCUCCGACAACCUGGCUUCGAGAAUGAGUUAUCUGUUCUUCAAUGAGUCAUCAGUGACUAGGGAUUAUCAGAUAAACAAUGAUCUAGAAAAUACUGUAAAUGCAGCUUUCUCUUGGGGAUCAGGCUAUUGCAAUAAGGUGAAUUCUUCUCCCUAUCAGUUUCAGCAGCUCGGCGAGACUAAGUCCGAAGAAGCAUCGAAGCCCAGUCCGUGGAGUCAGCAGGAACAGUCGGUUAUCACUUCGCACAACGCAUUAGACUUUGGGGACUAUCACUUAACAUCGAUGCCAGAAGAUUAUGACGUUUUCCAGGACUUGUACGCUUCAUGUACGUUAACAUCUUCAGUCGACCGGCCCCUCUUACUACAGAAACCUUGAUCGGUUCAAUGCUCCCAUAUGGUGAGCAUUUACUUAGAACGUAUGUACGAGCACACUUACAUCCCGGAGGAGGUAUGAGAGAUCGAUGAUCAGACGGUUUUUCAUUCGAUAACUUUUUUUUGGUUUGGGUAUUCUUAGAGAGAGAGAAGAUAAAACGACGUCGACUGACCAAUGCAUACGAUUUCUUUCCUGUGGUAUGUACACCACAUAGUUUUCUUAACACUACAUGAUAUGAUUGCAAACAGUUUCAUUGA